AUGAAGGCUUCCACAUCAGUACUCUCUCUCGGGCUGCUUGCCUCAACUGUUAUGGCUAUUAAUAUGGACGUACAGCAAAAUGGCCAAUGGAACCUCGUGACCGCCCAGCAAGGAGAGUGCGAGGACUUUGACACUGGCGUCACACAAGUGAACCUUGACCCUAGCUCCAACAAUCAACGAGCCUUCCGGUGCAUCUUUUACCAAGAAAGCGAAUGUCAGGGUUCUGUGACGGCCGUGGUGGCUUCGAAUCAUCCUCUUAGUGGAGUUUUCAGCCCCAUCGCUCUUUCUGUGAUUUGUCUCAAUAUGUAG